AUGUCCGUAAUCUUGGACCCCCGAAGUGAAAGCUAUAAGAGAUUCAAACUGUAUGAUUACUUCGACGGAGGACUUGAUUCAGAGGAAGUUGUGCAAGCGUUGUCUUCCGAUUUCCCAGCAAUGACCACGCAGGAAGUGGAGGCGUGGUUUGCUCGUUUUAAAGCCGGAAACAUGGAGAUCGGUGAAAAUAUUAGCAUCAACGUUGAAGGAAUCGUCGUCGAUCGAUCUGUGAGACUCAAGCGAGGACUUGAGAGUGCAGAGCAGGCGGAUGGUGAGCCACCGGCAAGAAUGAACCCCAUUUCUCCAAUUGUGCCAAAUAGAGAGGUGGAUGAAGAGGGCGGUACGCAUCAACAUCCGAAAGGAAAUGGGGAUGGAGUCACUAACCAAGCUGUUGCUCAACAACAUCAAGCAGCUCCUCACGAUGUGCCAGCGGUUGCAGUCAACCAGAAUCCCGCCAAUCGAGGAAUUCUGCAAAUUGAAGACUCCAUUAUUCAACCUGAAAUGCUUCCAGUAAACCUGACCGAACAAAGAAAAAAGAUCGAGACGGUGGCCGAAAAGUUGGCGGCUUUGGAUUCUGGUCCAAAAACCGGUAGCACUCAUCUUCGAAUUAUGGCAGAGCCAGUAAAGCCAAUAUAUGAGAAAAAGUGGUUCACACCUGAAGAAACAGCCGAUUGGGUUGAGCAAAGUUGUCCUCAUCGAAAAGAUAUCAAUGCUGAACGGCUUGUGAAAGAAGGGCUCAAUGGAACACUUCUUGAAGACUUCGUCAUCAAACCAGCUCGCGUUGAUCUCAUGAAGCUGCUCAAUUUGAAUUAUACUGAGCAUUGGUUACUCGCUCGGCAAGCCUCAUUCCUUGUGAACCGAAGUAACCGGUUCACCUAUCCAGAGAGAGUCAGAGAUUAUCAACGAGACCUCGAGAUUUGGAAAAAACAAAAUUCUCAAUACAAAGGAGGAGAGGAGGAAAAGGGCGAGAAAGAGAUGGAGCACGGAGCUGGUACAUUGGAAAGAGGGUUGAUGAGAGGAGCUAAAACGAGUGAAGAUGAUGAUUAUGAAGGAACUGCAGCUGAAAAAAUUGAAAAAAGAAAAAAGUACAUGGCAAAGGUCGAAAGGUUCAUGGCUAUAGAAUUCGGUUCAAAAUACGGAGGCUCUCUUCGUCGAAUCAUGGCAGAGCCCGUAAGGCCAAUAUAUGAGAAGAAGUUGUUCACAGAAGGUUACGAAUUCGAAGAGCCAGAAAGGUACAAAGAAGAUGUUUCGGAAUGGACGCCUGAAGAUACAGUCAAUUGGAUUCAUCUAAUUUGUCCUCAUCGGUGGGAUAUCGAUGAAGAAAGGAUUGUGAAAGAAGGACUCAGUGGGAAACUCGUUCAGGAGUUUGUCGCUAGGCCGGCCCGCGUCGCAAAGCUGCUCGAUUUGAAUUAUACAGAGCACAUGCUACUGGCUCGGCAAGCCGCUGUCCUUUUGAACCGCAGCAAUCGGAUGACCUAUUCAGAGAGAGUCCGAGAUUAUUAUAGAGACCUUGAUAUUUGGAAAAAACAAAAUUCCUAA